AUGAGUGACAGAGUUGAUGGAUAUCUCCACAAAAAGGCCUCAAGGAGCUACAAAAUUCUUAAGGAGAAUGGUGGAAUCAACAAACGAGGAAAUCUCCCAAAACAAGCUGUGUUGAUCCUUCGUGAGUGGCUGGAGACACAUCUUUUUAAUGCUUACCCAACUGAUGAGGAGAAGCAAAUCCUGGCUGAACAGACCAAUCUCACUAUGGUGCAGAUUUGUAACUGGUUUAUUAAUGCCCGUCGUCGUAUUUUGCCUGUGCUGCUUGCCACACAUGAGGGUAAGAAGAGCCAAAUGGUACCACCAUCUCCAGUAUCUAGUGUCCUUGUAAAUGGCUCUGCUUUUUCUGCCACAAUACUUCCGGACGUGCCCCUGAUGUAUACAGUAUCUCCAUCUUUUCCUGCAAUCGCAACUGUUACUCUUCAGCAGCAACAAGUGGUACCCAAUAUGAAGGCGGAAGAUUGUGACUCUUCAUUUAUGAAUUUAUCACAGGAUCAGAGUCCCACUGAUGAACAAUUAUGCAAAGUUUCUGUACCUCCAUCAACCCAAGCUCCAAAUGAUGAUGGCAAGGUUAAUAAAUUAUUUGUCCUGGCAGAGGUGGCCUCGUUGUUUCUAGAGGAACUGGAAAGAGAGGAGGCUGCUCGCUUGGCUUUAAACUCCCUUUACACUGCUAAUAUUUUGCUUUAA